AUGAAGGUAGGAAACGGGCCUGCCGCCAUCGGUUGGACUCGUCCGAACAACGUCAUCGCGUACCAGUGCGGUGGAACGUUAAUUACCCUCAACUACGUAAUGACGGCAGCCCAUUGCACUUCCGAUUCCACAAAUGCCGCUCCUGAUACCGUAAGACUUGGCGAUAUCGACCUGGUGGGAAUGGCCAACGAUCGUAAUGCUCAGCAGAUCAAGAUAAGAAACAUCGCUAGGCACCCGGAUUUCAUGAUUACGAUGGCGUACAACGACAUAGCGCUAUUGCAGUUGGCUCAAAGUGCUCAACCUACGCAGUUUGUUUGUACUGCCUGCCUGUGGCCAACGGCUAAUACGUUCUCUCAAUUGACCUUACUAGGGUUCGGUUCGACUGUCCCAAUCGGACCCAUUAGUCCGAUCCUGCUAAAAGGUACAAUUCCAACGGUCGACUCAACGACCUGUGCGAAUGCUUUGCUUCCUGCUCGAAAACUACCGCAAGGUAUUCUCAACACCCAGAUCUGUGCCGGAGGUUCAACGAUCGAUGGGUGUCCCGGUGAUUCAGGAGGUCCAUUCCUGACACAAUCUGCCGACAACGAUAAGUUGAUACCGUUCGUAGUUGGGAUUGCUUCGGUCGGAACCAGUUGCGGAUCGAGAUCUAUAGGCGUCUACACCAGGAUAGCAUCUUUCGUAGGUUGGAUUCAAUCCGUAACGGGGGCAGAUUUCAAUCAGCUUAGAUGUGCUCGAAAUCCCACCUGUCGGGCAUUCUUUCCGGACUUUCAAAGCCCAGCGCGGGUUCAAUCGACCUCGCCGGUCUGCCGAGCUGCGCUCGUGAACAACUUCCAAUACACUGGUUGCGGUGCGACCCUCAUCGAUUACCGACAUCUUUUGACCGCUGCUCAGUGCGUUUGGGGUCCAAAGAAACCCAAUCGAGUCUAUCUUCACGGACAUGUUCUCAAUAUUGAGAAAAUUUUUGUUCAUCCUAGAUUCUCAAAACGGACUCUAGAUCAUGAUUUGGCCCUCAUUCAGGUGGAUAAAUUUUUAAACCUUAACCCAUACGAUGGUCGUCGUAUUCGACCUGCUUGUUUAUGGACGAAUUCGUCCCUAGAUAGCGAAGACGUAUUCGUAGCUGCCGUUGACCCGAGCGAUGAAUCGUACCAAACGAUGAUAAUCUACAGCAAUCUUACCGAUGGUGGUAGCUCCUGUAAAGCGAAUCAAAUCUGUUCCCACAAUGAAGUCCACAUUGUUCCUGGGACUUGUAGGUACGAGGUUGGUGGACACACCUCGAAUUACGCCUUCGUUCCGACGCAGGACUUCGUUCCCUACAUUUACGGCGUCAAUUCGGUAGGCUCGGAUUGUGGAGGAGAUACUGGAAAUUUCCUCGCUACAAAAGUGGCUAACGAUUUCGAUUGGAUUGAAUCGGUGGUGUUGGGUAAGCUGAGCAGCUCUAGACCUGGUGUGAGAAACGAAGGUUUACAAAUGCUGAAAAACUGUCUACCGGAAGCAGGAUGUGUUACGAGGGUCAAUCGACCUAGGUUAAUGAUAUCCAAGUGCUGGUUCAAUCAGUCGAGUUCGGUUACCGAAGUGAGAACUAAAAGUCCUUCCAGAGAUACGAAUGUGUUGCGAAUAGUUAACAGGAAAUGUCCAGGAGGAAAUAGGAGGCAGAAAGUGUCCCGCUUACCGAAACAGAGUUGUUAUGGUCGAUGA